AUGUGGGAGCAGUCCCUAUUGGUGUGCCUUCUUCUCGAGGCCUUCAUGCUGCCUUACUUGCUAGCUUUCCAGCCGGAGGUCGUGGGAGGUGUCUCGAUUUUUUUCGUGUUGAUCUUUGCGUGCGAAUUCGUGUUCACGCUGGACUUGUAUGUCCAAGCUCACAUGGGCUACUACUCAGAUGGCAACCUCAUUCGAGACAAGAAACGAACGAUUCGGCGAUACAUUCGAUCGUGGCAUUUCGCGCUUGAUGUCAUAGCGAUUAUACCCGUCCAGAUUCUGGUGAUCAGCUUUCCCCGCGUAGUGACGAAGCUUUUGUUCGUGAAGCUUCUUCGAUGGUCACGGCUACCGCAUCUCGUGUCGAGUCUGGACGAGUUCUACGCUAAGCAGUUUGUUGUACUCAAGCUCCUGAAAGUUCUUGCUUCGACGCUCUAUCUAGCCCACGUGUUGGCCUGUAUACGCUUCAGUUUUGGGGAGAACACGAGCCAAAACAACCCCUGGCUCCCCGCAACCUCACUACAUGAUCUCCCACUACAUCGGCACUAUUUGGCUUCCCUUUUCUGGAGCGUUGGGAUCAUGACAGGUCUCUUCGAGGGGGAGCUGCCACGACACAAUACGGAGUUUUUAUUCACGAUUUUGGUUGCACUGUGUGGAUUCUCCAUGUUCACGACGUUGUGUGCGACUAUCUUCGUGAUCUCCAAAUGCGAAAGCGGCAACACUGAAGCUGUGGGCGCGCGUAUUAAUCAACUGGUGCACGUUCUCUCUUUCCAUCACGUCCCGGAAAAUCAGCAAGCCCAAGCGAUCGAGUAUCUAAAGCGCUACUACACGGAUGCGAAAUCGACAGACCGCGAGACUGCAAAGAUUUUAUGUCCUUCAAUUGCCAACGAUAUCCAAGUAGAACUCCUGAAGGCAACUAUUGCCGAGGUCUCGAUCUUUGGGGGUUGCAGCGACCAGUUCAUCGUAGCAAUGACAAGCCUGCUGGAAAUGAUAGCUGUACCGGCUCAGACGACUCUCUUUUCGGUUGGAGAUCAUGGCAACGCUAUGUACGUCGUCCACUCCGGAGUGCUUGCCAUUAUCGUCAAGUCGGUGACCGUAAGAGAAAUUCGAAAAGGCUCGUGCCUGGGCGAGCUGUACGUCUUCUCCUUGUUGCCGUGCAUGGCUACCGUUACAACCACAACCUAUGCGAUUCUGUACAAGCUGUCUAGAUUUCACUGCGAGCGCGUGCUUGAAGGUUACCCGGACUGUGCUUCUGCGAUCGCUGUUCAUGUCAGAGCCAUGUUCAAGCUGCUGAACAUCAGCGAUGACAAGUUGGGCACUAACGUUUCGACUUCAAUCAGCACCCCGAUAACCCCAAGGAAACUAACGUCUCGUCGGACUUCUGUCACAGCUGGAAAAUCAGCAGUUGUAGCUGGACCAACCCUGGUCAAAAUACCGUCAAGGAGAGAUAACAAAGUUAUGCCCUCCCGACGCGAGAGCAUUACGCAAAAAAUCUCGAGGGCUACUCGAGCUAUUGGUCCACUUCGACGGGACAUUUCGCAGUGGAGCAAAAGGAGUAUGCGCAGCGAACGAAUACGAGAUACCAACCCAGAUACCAUGCUAAGUGCAGAUACGUUUCUCUCACCACCGCUGACCGACCCGGGCUUAAGACCUAAAGUACCCGCUGGAAACGAAAGCCAACAGGGCCCCAAUAUGGGGUUAAUUUUCGAGCACCAUGUAUUGUGGCGACUGAUAUUACUUCGGAGAUGCAUUGAUCACCAGUCUGCAGUGCGCAUGUGGUGGCUGUUGUUGUUGCUCUCGAAUCUAUGCUACUGCUGGCUUUUGAUCCCCGUCCAGGUUGUUUUUCCGUUGUGGCAGCGACCAACGUGGAUUUUCCAAACGACCGACACCAUCGCGAACGUCGUCCUGGUGUUUGACAUCGCUCUGAGCCUGAAUUUGUCGUUCAUGGUCGACUCCGACAAAGUGAUGGAUCCGAAGCAGAGUAUGACUCAUUAUCUGAAAGGAGAUUUUGUCUUCGACCUGCUGUGCGCACUGCCUUACGAAUAUUUAAACAUGCACAAUUAUGGGCUCAUGCGGCUGCCACGACUCCUGCGCGUGUUCAAUCUGAAGAAACAGUUAAAAGAGAUCAAGCAUUUCAUUCAGCUCAAUAGCCGGCGACAACUGCUGCUCUUCAUCCUUUUGCUGAUAAUGAUGUUUCACGUGGUUGCCUGCAUAUACUUUGGUAUUUCUUACGCUGAGGGAUUCGAUUCCAAUGAAGACGAAGCGUGGGUGUGCCCCACUAGCCUCUGUCUCCGUCGACUGAACGCAACACACUUGGAGAACUGCAAUGGUACAAUAUUCACGGAGGCACCGAAUCGAGACGAGUUAGAAGGGAUCACCGCAUUGGAGUACUUUCGUUCGCUGUACUAUGCUGUCGGGGUGCUAGCUUCACCUGGGAAAACCGUGGAGCCUACCAGUGACCGUCAACUGGUUGCAGCGCUGGUUCUCAUGCUUGGCGGGUUCUUGAUAUCCGCUAUCGUUGUUGACAACGUGCAGAAACGCUUUACCGCCUCUGCAUUCGAACAGAAGCAAUUCUUCGAGACCAGCACUCGGAUUCAACUUUUUCUUCGGCGACAGAAGGCCCCGCUAGCGAUCCAUCAUCGCGUCAAGUCUUUUCUUGAUUACUGGUGGUCUACGCAUCGAGGCGCUGUGAUUCGUGAACUACUGGCCGAUCUCCCGCGAUCAAUGCGGUUGGAGUUACUGCGAAACAUUAGCGCUACUACAUGGCGUCCAUUCAGUGCGCGACCAACUCGAGGAGAUUCUGGUUGA